ACAGAGAGAUUCACCAAUUAUCUUGUUUUGAGAAAUUGAACAUCGUCAUUAUGUAGGAGGUACAGAUCAAUAUUGUGUGGAAUGCUGGGAAUGACUCCAGAAACAAGAAAAUCUCCUUUGGCAGCCCAAACAUAGAAUUAGGCAGUCCCUCCCUGAUCUGCCCUCUGAUUGGGUGCGUUAUAAGGAGCUGUGGAUCUUGUUUGACCUUGACUAAAUCAUUUCCAUCCUACACACCACUGAUGCAUUUCUGGGAGUCUGUGCUUUGUGCUCUUCUAGCAUCCCUCUUUUCUGCCAUACUGGGAGGGCUUUACAUGGCAGGAGGCUUCCGCAAGAGGAGACACAAAGAACCUCCGUUGGACAAAGGCCUCAUUCCAUGGCUGGGACACGGCUUAAGUUUCAAGAAGAACCCUGUGGAGUUUCUGGAAAAGAUGCAGAAGAAACACGGGGAUAUUUUCACAGUGCUGGUUGGUGGCAAUUAUUUAAAUAUUGUGAUGGACCCUCACACUUACAGGACUAUAAUAAAGGAAUCAAAGGACAAGCUGGAUUAUGAUACAUUUGCUUCCACAGUUGUUUUUAAUGUAUUUGGUUUCCACCUAAGUGAAUCUCAUCACAAGAUUAAGGAAAUAGUUAGCAAGAAGUAUCUUAGAGGUAAGAAUUUAGCUGAUUUGAACCAGGUGAUGAUGGAGAACUUGAAGACUGUGUUGCUAAAAAGCCUGAGCUCAGGUGAUGGGGAGAGGCCGUGGCAGCAGGACGGUGUCCUCCACUUCAGCUACAAAGCCAUGUUCCAAGCUGCUUUCAUGACUUUGUUUGGAACUGAUACCCCCAAAAGUGGAGACAGCAAAGAAACUUCUAAGGAUCAUAUAGCAACUGAGUGUGGAGAUUGGCUUGAAAGUUUUCAGAAAUUUGACAAGUAUUUUCCCCAAAUGACCAUUGGCAUAAUGGAUCCCCUGAGCAAGAAGGAGAUGGAGAGGCUGAGAAACUUCUUCUGGGAUGUGCUUUCUGUAGAAAAGCUAUCACAGAAAGAUAAUAUCAGCAAAUGGGUAGCUGAGAUUGACAGGCAGAUGUGUGAAACUGGGAUGACGGAAAAGUUGCGGACCCAAUUCAUGUUCGUGCUGUUCUGGGCAUCACAAGCUAACCUCGGACCAGCUAUCUUCUGGGUUUUUGUGCAUCUCCUGAAACAUCCAGAAGCAAUGAAGGCAGUGAAGGAAGAAGUAGACCGAAUCCUGAAGGAAACUGAUCAGGAGGUCAAGCCAGGUAGCCCCUUGAUCAAUGUGUCCUUGGAAACAAUAAAGACGCCAGUUCUGGACAGUGCAAUACAGGAAACUCUGCGCUUGAAUGUAAGUCUGUUUGUGAUCAGAAGCAUAAUGGAGGAUAUGGAUCUUACAAUGACAGAUGGGAAAGAAUACAGCUUGCGGAAAGGAGACCAGCUCCUUCUUUCCCCAUUCGUUGGCCUGCACAUGGAUCCCGAAAUCUACCCUGAUCCCCAGAAUUUCAAAUAUGACAGGUUCUUGAACCCAGAUGGCACGAAAAAAGAGUUUUAUAAGAAUGGGGAAAAGCUAAAGUAUCACAUCAUGCCAUGGGGGGCUGGACCUUCCAUGUGCCCCGGGCGAUUCUUUGCUGUUAGUGAAAUGAAGAUGUUUGUGAUGUUGAUGGUCAUGUACUUUGACAUGGAACUGGUUAACAGGGAAGAGAAGAUACCACCGGUAGUUGCAAGCCGCUGUGGGUUUGGAACCACACAUCCUUCUCAUGAUAUCCAGUUUAGGUAUCGACAGAGAAUCUAAGAGGAAAGUUUCUUUUCAUAACCCUGUUGCUUAUUAGGUCA